UCAGCUGCACUGAAGAAUCUAAGAACAGUUAAUCAUUAAUUCCUUUUACAGCUGCAUCUGAAAUGUGUGUAUAGUUUCCUCUGAAACAACAGCUAAAAGUAACCAAAUUCAGUGAUAAAAAGGCGUGUUUUUUUUUUUGCUUUUCCAAAAGAUGCAAUAUGUUUGUACUGUAACAUAUUAACAUUUGCCACCAUGGCCACCAGAAAAAAUCUCUCAGCAGAAACUGACUUGAAGACAGAGAAAAGUCUGAUUCAGAGAGAAUCUCCUAAAUAUAGACGUGUGUCUCUGAAGAGUACUGCUUCGAUGUGUGACCCACCUAUGUUGAGUGAGAAAGACUCUGUUGUUGAUGUAAGUCUGACUCAGAGAGAAUGUCCUGAAUGGAGCUGUUUGUCUAUGAAGAGUGAAGCAUCAAUGGGUGACCCACCUGAAAUAAACGAAACAGACUCUCUGGCUGAUGUAAGUCUGAUUCAGGGAAGGCCUCCUGAACCCAGCUGUUUGUCCUAUGAAAGAGUAAAGCAUCAAUGGGUGACCCACCUGAAAUAAAUGAGACAGACUCUCCUGUUGAUCUGAGAAAUGAACAGGAUGUAUCACUGUCGGAAUCAAACUCCACUGGACAGAAGCAGUUGGACUCGAUUUUUAAGGAGCUUGAACACAAAAUAAUCUUUCUGACAAAGAAAGAGCUGAAGAGGAUCAAAGGAGUUCUGAGCCCACAUUAUUCUGCAAUCUCUGAGAGAGAGGAGGAGGAGGUGGAUGAAGGUGAAAGCAGAGUCAGACAAGGGCUCCUGCAGAUCACCCUGAAUGUCCUGAGGAGGAUGAACAAGACAAACCUUGCUAACAUACUACAGACCAGACUUGCCCCUUUUAAUGUGAAACAGCACAAAUCCAGACUAAAGGAGAAAUUUCAGACAAUUCAUGAAGGAAUGUCAAAUAAAGGCAGCUCCGCAUCUCUGAAUGAUAUCUACACAGAGCUGUACAUCACAGAGGGAGGUAGUGGAGAGGUCAAUAAUGAACAUGAGGUGAGACAGAUUGAGACACAAUACAAGAGAUCAGAGUCACAGGAAACACCAAUCAAAUGCAAUGACAUAUUUAGGCCUUUACCUAGACAAAACAAAUCCAUCAGAACUGUGCUGACUAAAGGAGUAGCCGGAAUUGGAAAAACAGUUUCAGUGCAGAAGUUUGUUCUGGACUGGGCUGAAGGAAAAGCAAAUCAGGAUCUCCACUUCAUUUUUCCAUUUCCUUUUAGGGAGCUAAAUUUAAUAAAGGAGAGCAAUCUCAGUUUGAUUAACCUGAUUCAUCAUUUUUUCACUCAUACAAAUAAAUUGAGAUCAACAAACAUUGAUGACUUCACAGUCCUAUUUAUCUUUGAUGGCCUGGAUGAGUGUCGACUUCCUUUGGAUUUCCAGAACAAUGAUAUUUUGUGUGAUGUGACAGAAUCAGCCUCAUUGGAUGUGCUGCUGACAAACCUCAUCAAGGGGAAUCUGCUUCCUUCUGCUCUCCUCUGGAUCACCUCUCGACCAGCAGCAGCCACUCAGAUCCCUCCUAAUGUGAUGUUAAUCUUAAACAGGCUAGAAGUAAUAUCCUGUCACUGGGAAAACUGGCUUUUCAACAGCUGGAAAAAGGGAACCUGAUCUUCUACGAGCAGGACCUGAGAGAGUGUGGCAUUGAUGUCAGAGAUGCAUCAUUGUAUUCAGGAGUUUGUACCCAAAUCUUCAGAGAGGAGUUUGGGCUAUACCUAGGGAAGGUGUACAGCUUUGUACAUCUGAGCAUCCAGGAGUUUCUUGCUGCUUUAUAUGUGUUUCUUUGCUCUUUUAAACAAACAGGAUUUGUUAGAAUGUUCAGAUCAUCUUUGACCAAUUUACUUAAGAGUGAAGUUGACAAGGCUUUACAGAGUGAAAAUGGUCACCUUGAUCUCUUCCUUAGAUUCCUUUUGGGUCUCUCAUUGGAGUCUAAUCACACUCUCUUACAAGGUCUAGUGAAAAAGACAAGAAUCAGAUCUCACAGUGAACAGGAAAUAGUUGAGUACAUUAAGAUGAAGAUCAGGGAGAAUUCCUCUUCAGAGAAAUCCAUCAAUCUGUUCCACUGUCUGAAUGAACUGAAUGAUGAUUCUCUAGUGCAGGAAGUCCAAAUAUACCUGAGCACAACUGGUGACAGUCAACUCUCUGGGGUUAAAAC